AUGUCGGGCCGCGGGAAGGGAGGCAAGGGUUUGGGGAAAGGCGGGGCAAAGCGCCACCGCAAGGUCCUCCGGGACAACAUCCAGGGCAUCACCAAGCCGGCCAUCCGCCGCCUGGCCCGCCGCGGCGGAGUGAAGCGUAUCAGCGGCCUCAUCUACGAAGAAACCAGGGGCGUUCUCAAGAUCUUCCUGGAGAACGUCAUCCGCGACGCGGUCACCUACACGGAGCACGCUCGGCGGAAGACCGUGACUGCCAUGGAUGUUGUGUAUGCUCUCAAGCGCCAGGGCCGCACUCUCUACGGCUUCGGUGGUUAG